UCUGAUUGGCUGUAGGUGUGUCCUGAGGCUGUGGGGAAGUGUUUGGCCGUGUUACCGUAUUUCUUCAUUACUUCCGGGCCUCACCGUAAUCAUCCGUGAUUGAGCGACACCGUCGUCCGGGGCUGUUGCUGGUUGUCAGGGCGCAGCCGCUAGAAGGACCCGAAUACAAUGGAGAGCCCCACAGUCUUGCUGGAGUCCAGGUCUCUGCCCAUCCACCUCCUGAAGGAAAUGCACCAAUUCCGGCUGCUGGGCCACUUAUGCGAUAUAACUGUAAGAGUGGAGCAUCAGGGGACCACCGAGGACUUCAGCGCCCACAAAACCAUCCUGGCAGCCUCCAGCAAGUAUUUCAAGGAGAUCUUUACCAGCGAUCGGCUCCUGGGUUGUAGUUCUGUCUUGAUGAAUGAAAUCUCAGCCGUGGAUUUCGCCUUGUUUCUGGAAUUCAUCUAUACGGCCAAGCUGGAAGUAGAAGAAGACAAAGUCCAGCGAGUCAACGAUGUAGCCGAAAAACUAAAAUGCUUUGACUUGGCCAAGGCCUGCAGUCAGCAUAGAAAGCAGAUGCUGGAAGAGUCGGUGUGGUUGGAUCUGCAGAAUAUUGAGGAAUCGCAAGACGGCGAGGAUGACAUGCAGGAACUGCAUAUAAAUUCUCUGACGGAUCUCCAGUCUUCUGGAGCAGAUGAGGUCCAAAGUACGGAUAACUUUCACAAUGGCCAAGACGGCAAACUCAGAGAGGAGUCGUGUUUGGAGGCCUCCUCAACCAUAGAAGUGGAGGAGUAUAUGGAAAAAAUGGAGCCCUCCAAGCAUUCCAGCUCCAAAUCCAGGAGGUUGAGUGGACGCCUACCUGGGAGGAAAGCCGUGGUUGAGAUUCCCAAGAAGAAGUACACAAGACGACUUCGGGAACAGCAAGACGGUGAAGACGUUGACUCCUUACUGAACGGCAUUGGGAGGGAACCAUUUCCAUGCAAUGAGGAGCUUAUCGGCGAGCAGACCGAGGACAGCAUCAAAGCUGAAGAGGACGAGGACAGUCCAUGUGAAUUGGCGGAGAGCGGAAAGACCUCCAACGAUGAUGAUAAUCCUCAAGCGACUGGUAAAUACGUGGCAUGUUCUAUCUGCGGGGAGAACUUUGAAGAUGAAAAGGCGUACGUGAAACACUCGAAGCAGAAUCACGCAAAUUCCGAGGAGAUCUACCAGUGCAAUAUUUGCAACCAAAACUUUGCAAAUAAGUGCAACUUAAAAAGCCACCAGCGUCACGUGCACAGCAACGAGCGCCAGUUCCCGUGUGAGCUCUGCAACAAGAAGUUCAAGAGGAAAAAAGACAUCAAGAGGCACAUUUUGCAGGUCCACGAGGGUGGAGGAGAAAGACACUUCUGCCAAGUGUGCAGGAAAGGUCUAAGUUCCAAGACGGCCUUGAGGCUCCAUGAAAGAACGCACACCGGGGACAAACCCUUUAAAUGUUCCUUGUGUAUCGCCCGGUUUUCCCAGACUUCUGCGCUGAAAACGCACAUGAGAACUCACACUGGAGAAAAGCCGUUUGCCUGUGAGGAGUGCGGAGCCAAGUUUACCCAGAACCAUAUGCUGAUCUAUCACAGGCGCUGUCACACAGGGGAGAGGCCUUUUAUGUGUGAGACGUGUGGGAAAAGUUUUGCCUCCAAAGAAUAUUUAAAGCAUCACAACCGCAUUCACACCGGAGCCAAACCCUUCAAAUGUGACAUCUGCUUCAGAACGUUCGCUCAGAGGAAUUCUCUCUACCAGCACAUUAAAGUUCACACUGGAGAACGGCCGUAUUGCUGCAAACAAUGUGGAAAGCAGUUCACUCAGCUGAACGCACUACAGAGGCACAACCGCAUUCACACGGGAGAGAAGCCCUUCAUGUGUAUAGCGUGUCAGCGGACGUUCACCGAUAAAUCCACCCUGCGGAGACACACCUCGAUCCAUGAUAAAAACAUGCCCUGGAAGUCAUUCCUUGUUGUUCUGGAUCCUAAAGCUGAAGAUGGGCAGAAAUCGGAGCUUACUGAGGAGGACAGCGAAGACUCCUCUAAAGCUGCAGAGAAGCUCGCUUACCCCGAGAACUGUCACUACCAGAACCUGACGGUGGUCCCGGGAAGUGUGGACUUAUUACAUGAGAACAAUGCUACCUCCAUCCUGAACUGCAAGGCGGACUGUACCAUCAUUCCUCAGGAAGUGUAUAUCGCCACUACGCUGAGCCACCUGACCGUCCUCCACACACAGCCCGACUCCUCCAUCCCCGCUAUGGUCAAUAUGGAAUAGAUCUAUCAGCGAGGCCAGAACCAAUAUCUGGUAUUGAUCACUAUCGGUGUGGCCAGAACCAAUAUCUGAUACUGAUCACCAUCGGUGUGGCCAGAACUAAUAUCUGAUAUUGAUCACAUCACCAUCGGUGUGGCCAGAACUAAUAUCUGAUAUUGAUCACAUCACCAUCGGUGUGACCAGAACCAAUAUCUGAUAUUGAUCACCAUCGGUGUGACCAGAACCAAUAUCUGAUACUGAUCACUAUCGGUGUGGCCAUAACCAAUAUCUGAUACUGAUCACCAUCGGUGUGGCCAUAACCAAUAUCUGAUACUGAUCACCAUCGGUGUGACCAGAACCAAUAUCUGAUACUGAUCACCACCGGUGUGACCAGAACCAUUAUCUGGUAUUGAUCACCAUCGGUGUGACCAGAACCAAUAUCUGAUACUGAUCACUAUCGGUGUGGCCAGAACCAAUAUCUGAUAUUGAUCACCAUCGGUGUGGCCAUAACCAAUAUCUGAUACUGAUCACCAUCGGUGUGACCAGAACCAAUAUCUGAUACUGAUCACUAUCGGUGUGACCAGAACCAAUAUCUGAUACUGAUCACUAUCGGUGUGGCCAGAACCAAUAUCUGAUACUGAUCACUAUCGGAGUGACCAGAACUAAUAUCUGAUACUGAUCACCAUCGGUGUGACCAGAACCAAUAUCUGAUACUGAUCACUAUCGGUGUGGCCAGAACUAAUAUCUGAUAUUGAUCACUAUCUGUGUGGCCAGAACUAAUAUCUGAUAUUGAUCACAUCACCAUCAGUGUGGCCAGGACAAUUCCAGUACCAGUCUUGCCAGUGUUUGGAAGAUUGAGCUAUUUCUUUGUAUGCAGACGGUUUAUGAAUUUUCUUUUUUUUUCUCCAGAAAUGAAAUUUCCUUAACAAUAAAUUUCUCUUCCAUCCCCGUCA